AUGACCGAAAAUGACAUCAAGGUAUGGGGAGAGGCCGAGCUUACCGAGCUCGAGGCGCUGCACGAGACCUUGAAUACGGCCCUCCGAAGCGAGCUGCAGCAGCAUGAAGCCGCGCUGGCGAUGCGGCCUGGCGGCGACGGCCUGACUGAGCCGCAGCCGCUGGUGGUGGACUCAUGGGCCUUCCAGAAGCGGCUCAUGACGGCAGCCCUCGAGACUGGGGACUUGGAUUCGGCAACGGGGUACCACGUCAUCCUCUGGGAUUAUCUAAGCGGCAAGUUCAGCAAUGGGGAGCGCGAGGAGUUCUAUGACCUGACUGAGAAGAUGAGAGGUGAGGAACACAAGAAUUAUGAAGACCGUUGUCCUAAACCCAGCACCUCCGACAUUGCGAAGGGAUGCUAUCUCAAAGUUUUGUACGGUAGGCCCAUGGGGUUCAGCAGGUGCUCGCAGCAAGCCUCGUGGAACGCAGGGCCCGUCGCCCGGAGGCGGCCGUGGGCCUACCAGAAGAAGCUCAUUGAAGACGAGUGGGACGACCUUUUCAUGCUGUACGGCCAAAUCGAGGCAGAUGUACUGGCCAUGAAGGACAAUGCCAGCCUUUAUAGCAAGGUCAAACGCUGGUUUCCGUAA